AUAAGAAUAAUGUAAUUAUCAAUUUAAAUUUAUCAAUUUCGCGGUAUUGAAACGGAAGACGGCCAUAUUGUCGGUAAGAUAGUGUUCAAUUGUCUUUUCCAUUGGAGUUAGUUUGUGGCGACCACGUUUUGGCACAUAAAACGCCACAAUGCAAAUUUUCGUGAAAACGCUGACUGGCAAGACCAUCACUCUUGAGGUCGAGCCCUCUGACACGAUCGAGAAUGUCAAAGCCAAAAUCCAAGACAAGGAGGGCAUUCCACCAGACCAGCAACGUCUGAUCUUCGCCGGUAAACAGUUGGAGGAUGGACGUACAUUGUCCGACUACAACAUCCAGAAGGAGUCCACCCUUCACUUGGUGCUCCGUCUCAGAGGUGGUAUCAUUGAACCAUCUUUGAGAAUCUUGGCCCAGAAAUACAACUGCGACAAGAUGAUCUGCCGCAAAUGCUACGCGAGAUUGCACCCACGUGCCACCAAUUGCAGGAAGACCAAGUGUGGACACACCAACAACCUCCGCCCCAAGAAGAAGCUAAAAUAGAUGACUGGAAUGGUUGCUCCAUGCUGCUUUUUGCGGGAAUUUUACAACUACGCAAACCUGCUAUAUAUUAUAACAACUUUAAUGUAUUAAACAACUGACAAAAUACAUGAUCUUUGAUUAA